UCUCAAUUCGGGAAGGACCUAUCGAAUCUUAAUAGAUUAAGGAAAAAUUGUUGUCUAGUAUUUAUAUAUAUAAGACCCCGUUUUUGCAAGUCUGUUCAUCCAGUCAUCGGCAGUGCCCCAACACGGUAUAUACAUCCCAAGUUAUCCCCAAGAUGAAAUUCGUCUUCAUUUUCUUGAUGUCGGUUGUCUUUGCUGUUUCUAGCCAGCAAAGGGCACCAAGGCCGAGGACGCUCGUUUGGGUCACGCCUUACAGCCCCACCCAUAACCCCGUGCUGGCCAACUAUCAACCAGUUUACGAACAUAACAUCCAAGACGAAAUUCCAACCAAAUUAACUCCUCACUCGUUCCGCCGUAAACAUAAGCCAUCGAUUGCGGCCUCCUAUUUUCAAAACGAAGAUUAUUACUCGGGCCUGACGUCCGACGAAGAUCGUAACAACAACGAAAAUGAAGACGAUCAAGAUGAUUACCCAGACAUCCAGUCGAGAAUCAAAUGGUUCAAUGGAUUCAACAAAGGAUUCAAGAACAAAGGCUUCCAUCACGACGCCGGAAGAUUCUUUUACAGCAGCACCAUCAACAAUCCCUUUUUCAAAACGGCCACGUUCACAAUCACAUCGACAGUGACCACCCUCGGCUCUGUCGCCCUUUGCGUUCCGGCUAACAAUCUAGCGGCCAAUCCAGCACCGACUUGCGCCGGCCGUAAGAAACGUGAAAUCGACGAUUCUACAACUGGCCCUGAUGACAAUCAAUUCGCCAUCGAACCAUCAGAGACUUUAGAAUUGAUGCCGACGGCUCUUCCGUCAGAUGUUGGUCUGGCACGAGAAUCUCGAGUGAUGAUGCACACGCAAAAGAAGACGAGUCCUCAGCGCCUAAUUUCGUCUAAAGAUGAAGUGGUUAGCCCAUUUGAAAAGUCAUCCGAAGAAGACGAGAACAGUUUAAGAGAGAAACGAAUUUUCGGAGGCACUGGUUUCGCAGCGUCUACUACGUUGACGUCGUACUCGUUUGUUGGGGCCACUGUGACCAACACCGUUCUCCUAGACCCAACCGCAGGAGGCCUUGCCGCCUGUUUACCAUCUGGCUAUGUUGUCUGCGCAUGAAAUUUUCAGCUGGAAGUUGCGAUUGCUGUAAGUAUAGCAAUCGUCCUCGCAAGUGAGACAGCUGAAAAAGAAGGAGUGGAAAUAGGAAUGUAAUGAUGGCUUUCAAACGUCUGUCUUUUUCGGUUAUUCUUUUCUUCUGUUUGGCCAUUGUCCAAGUGUUUCGUUUCGCUUGUAUAAUUGUUUUCGUUUAAAUACACAGAUUUCUGUUUAAAA